CAGCGUCAAGUAUUUCAUAAGAGUCACACAGAGUAUUGACUAGUUUCCGUUUCCGUAGAUGCGCUUACUUAGCAUUAUGUUACGAUGUUACUUAUGUAGUUAGUUAUUUUCAAAUGAAUUAACAUGCUAAUAAAUUUUAUUACAAACUUAUAUAUUUAAGUAGUUUUCCAUAUUUAUGAUGAACUUUCACAUUUUCAGACGGAUGAGAAUGAGGGGCCCAUAAUUGUCUGUUUCACCUGUCAUGCAAGACUCAUUCGUUGCAGAAGAUUACAACAACAGGCUAUUGAGUCGAAUGCACUUUUGGAGCAGUUGCUUGCAGGAGGGUCCAUGUCAACAUCAAAACCAUAUGAGACUAGGAAUAAGAUUCAAUUCACACAAGUUUAUCAUAUAGAUAUCUGGCCGGAAGAGUUAGAUAUAGAAAAUGAUUGUAAAGACGAAAUUUUUAGCCUUGAUUUGGUUAAAGUUGAGGAAGAGAAUUUCGAAAUUGAGAAUUACAAACUUGAAGAGAAUGGGAAUCAUGAAACAGAACAGUACAUCACACAGACAAAUAAUCUUUCAGAAUCGUCUGAGAAGAUUAAAUCAGAUUCUACUGAUAGUAACAUAAACGCAGUACUUAAAGAAAACCUGGAUUUUGAAGGGCCUACUAUUAAAUCAAACCCUAAAGUGAUAAAAGAUGAACAACCAAUUAAUGUAAAAGGAAAGAAUCUUGCAAAAAUUAUGAAACAAAAGAGUGUAAAUAUACUUACAAAAGAAACAACAGGGACAUCAACAAAAUACAUUUUUGAAUGUGAUGGUUGUACCAAAAAAUUUUCAAGUAAAGACAUUCUCGCCAAACACAUUUCAUACAGUCAUAACACGCAAAAGAACUCAGACACCACCGCAGUCCUGACACAAGUUGAGCAUACUCCUGUACCGCAACUAGCGGAAAUGUUUAAUUGUGACAUUUGCGAAUUUAAAACAUCUCAAAAACGUUACAUUUUGACACAUUUUAAAGCGCAUGCCGCUAAACAAGUGUUCUGUUGUAAUAAAUGUGAUUAUAAAUGUACAAAAAAAAGCAAUUUGACGUACCAUAUGAUAAUACACACCGGUGAAAAACCUUUUUCGUGUAAUAUCUGUAUAUAUAGAUGUAGUAGGAAAAUGCACUUGCAAAGACAUAUGAAAAUACAUACAGGUGAAAAACCUUUUUCGUGUAAUAUAUGUGGACAUAGAUAUAAUACAAAAGAUAAUUUGCAAACACAUAUAAAAAUACACACCGGAGAAAAACCUUUCUCGUGUAAUAUCUGUGAAUAUAGAUGUAUUAGAAGAAUUCAAUUGCAAAACCACAUGAAUAUACAUACUGGAGAAAAAACUUUUUCGUGUAAUAUCUGUGAAUAUAGAUGUAUUAAAAAAAUUGAAUUGCAAAGGCAUAUGAAAAUACAUACCGAAGAAAAACCUUAUUCGUGUAAUAUCUGUGGCUAUAGAUGUGCUAAAAAAAGUAUUUUGCAAAGGCAUAUAGAGACACACACUGGAGAAAAACCUUAUUCGUGUCAUAAAUGUGAAUUUAGAUGUAAAACAAAAGGAGGUUUGCAAGCACAUAUGAAAAUACACACCGGAGAAAAACCUCAUUUGUGUCAUAUCUGUGAAUAUAAAUGUAUUCAAAAAACUAAUUUGCAAACACAUAUAAAAACUCACUUCAGAGAAAAACCAUUUUCGUGUAAUAUCUGCGAAUAUAGAUGUACUACAGAAAAUAAAUUGCAAAGACAUAUGAAAAAACAUAAUAGAGAAAAAUCUUUUUCGUGUAAUAUCUGUGAAUAUAAAUGUAUACAAAAAAAUAAUUUGAUAAGACAUAUGAAAAUUCACACCCGAUUAUAAGCCCUUUUCGUGAGCGCUCUGGUAAAAUGUACAAUAUUAUGUAAACGUGUUUCAUAUAAAAGUU